AUGGUAACUGUAGAGUUAUAUUCUUACAAUAUGCCUUUACAGAACAAUGAGGGAUACUUUAAUGAUGUUCAAAUAUGUUGGAAAGAUUCUCCAAAAGCUUUUCCUGUUCAAGUAAAAAGAGAUUUAAUUAAAAGUAAUAUAUGUGCCAAACUUAUUCGCGAAAUGGAUCAUGAUAGAAGUAGUCCAAAAAAACCAGAAGAUUCACCUUUACAUUUUCGAUCAACUUUACUGUUACCAAGGAAAAAACUCAAUUCUGAAUUUCCAGAUGAUAUAAAAGAAUCACCAAAAUCUAGAGCAAGGAAAAGGUUACGUUCCAUUUCCAAAUUUCAUGGUAAAAUAUUAGAAAUAAACAGAGGUAAUCAAGGAAUUAUAAAACAGUGCGAGGAAGACGAAAAAUGUAAUGAAAACAAACCAUCUUCAUGUGUUGAUUCUCAAAUAAAUCUAGUUGAGGAAUUAAAUAUAACAAUAUCACAAAAUACUUUUUUGUCAGAAUUGUUAAAAAAAAAUCGAUUUACGAGUACUCCAAAAAUGUCAACUGGUGAUACCAGAGAUAAUUUUAAUGUUCGCGAGACUCCUUCUCCAUUUUCUGAUGAUGAAAUACAUGGAGACAAGAAAAACGAUGACUUGUGUAGAAAAGAAGAGAAAUUAAUUCAAAAUGAAAAUUUAGCUAUUUCAUUUGAUACAAGUGUAAACGUUAAAUCAUCAACGAAUAGUAAGGAGGAUUAUAUGAGGGAAAAUAGCAAAGAGGCAAUUAAAUCACCAUUUAAAUAUGUUCGAACACCCAUAAAAAUGUCAAUAUUGAACAAAAAGCAACAUGUAAUACAUACUUGUGGGUUUAAUGAUAAUAGUUCAUCAUUAAAAAAGGAAAUGUAUGUUGAUGAUAAAUGUGAUUAUAAACCAGAAUCUCCAAAUAUUUUUCCUACUCAAUCUACAACUAAAACAACAACGUGUGUAGCCAAAAGUAAUCCAUCUCAGUUAGUUUAUUCAAAAAAUAAAAAUAAUGUUUGUGUCGAAGAUGAUUUUUAUGAUGAUGAUAUCAGUGGUUUUAUUUACAAUUCACAAAAAGAUGUAGAUUCAAAGGGAUCUUCAGGCGUUUGGACAAUGAAUAAUAACAGAAAUUUAAAAAUUAAUGUCAACAACAAAAGUAUAACAAAAGAAAACUUAGUUGUAGAAGAAAAAAGUGUUCAAGAUAAUGAUGCCAAUAUUCUAAAGAAUGAGAAAUUGCUUGUAAAUAAAUUAACUAUGGAUGCAAAUAUGUGCAAAGAAAAGCAGAAUUUUCCAGAAAAUGGUAAAGUAGAAGAUCCUAUAAAAGACGAUUUCUAUGAUGACUUUGAUGAUGAUUUUCUUGAGUCAAUUAAUGAGAGUAUGUUUAUUAAUCAUAGUGGUGAAAAAGAAAAUACGAGGAAACGCAAAUCUGGAUCAAGUUUCGAAGAAGACAAAUCAAAAAAUUUAAAAAAGCCUCAGGAUUUUUUUUAG